AAACCCUAACCGGUUAUUCAGACGAGAGAGUGAACAGAUACCAACACGCUAGCUUUUCUUACGUAUGUCAAGAGAACAGUAAGUAAAUAAGAUCGCGACAGAAACAAUGCUAACAAACGCAACUGCAAGUAAGAUGAAAAACGAGCUAUGGUGGUCUAUAUACGCUUGGUGGUCGUGUGUGCUUGUGCUGAAGAUGAUAUUGUUGACUUGGUACACUGGGCAAAUACGAGUAAGAGAACAGGUGAUCCAUAGCGAAGAGGACAGAAUGUGGAUGAAAAAAAAAUCAAACAUAAUUUUAUAUCCAACCGGCGAUGGUCAUUCUAACGUGACUCGGAUACGGAGCGCUCAUCGAAAAGAUCUCGAGACAGUUCUUCCUUUUAUAGUUUUUGCGCCGCUCUGGUUAAACGUCGAAACAUGUAAUUCUACGGUAAAGAUUUUAAUACCGGGUUUUGCAUUAAUCAGUAUCUUAUAUACUUUGGUACAUAUGCAACUUCUACAAAUGUCUACGUCUUGGAAACUUUACUUAUCUAUGAUUCUGUAUUUAAUUUUAACUUAUAUAUGCGCAAUUGCUGCAGUGAGAUACACUAUUAUUAUCCCAAAAUUGAUUUAGUUAAGAAUAAAAAUGAAAAGAAUGAUUUUAUGAUGUUAAUAUAUGCUACACUAUCAAAUAAUUUUUGUAGAGAAAUAAACGCAUUUCAAAAUAA